AUGAAAACCUCACCAGAUGCCCAUACACGACAAUUAAACUUUUUGUGUUCUCUUUAUCAACUUGACCAAUUAAUUAAUAAACCUACAAGAGAGACCAACACCUCGGCGACCUUGAUUGGUUUGGUCUUAACUAAUGCUAAAGAAAACAUUUCGACGUCUGGUGUAAUAGAUCUGGGGAUGUCUGACCAUAGUUUGAUUUAUGUGGUCAGGAAGUUCACCCUUCCAAAACUUAAACCUAAUGUGAAAGAAGUUAGGGAUUAUAAACAUUUUAAUGCUGAAUAUUUUAUUGGGGAUUUAACCAGAAUGCCUUGGCAUGUAAUUAAUCAAUAUAAUAAUCCCAACGAAUGCUGGAGGGUAUGGAAAUCUUUCUUUAAUGAGAUAUUAAAUAUACAUGCGCCGAUUCGACAUAAGCGAGUAAAGGGGAACUCGGUCCCAUGGAUUACUCCGGAAAUUAAAUGUAUGAUGAGAAACAGAGACUAUCAUAAAAAAUAUGCAAUAAAACAUUCCUCACAGCCACAUUGGGAAAGUUUUCAAUUUCUGCGGAAUAAAGUGAAUGUUGAAAUGCGAAGUGUAAAAUCAAAAUAUUUUCAUGAUAAAAUCACUGAUUGCUCUGUAAUGAAUGACCCUAAAAAGACUUGGAAAUUAAUUAAUUCAUUAUUGGGAAAGAAUAACAAUUCCAACAAUGUGAAUGAGUUGCUGGUUGACAGCACGUUAGUUUCGGAUCCUAAAUCUAUUGCAGAUGCAUUUAAUGACUAUUUCAUUAGUAUUGGGUCGAGGCUAGCAGCAGAAUAUGUAGACGAGUCCUGUAGUAAUGUUGAUAAUCAGCCCAUAAACUAUAAUAUUAAUCAAUCCUUAGAUACUUUUUUUAAAGUAUCUCCAAUAUCCGUUGAUAGUGUUGCCUCGACCCUAAGAGGCCUAAAAGCAUGUAAAGCAACAGGUCUUGAUAAAAUUCCUGCUGAAAUUCUAAAAUUAUCUGCAAACAUAAUUGCACCCUCGUUGACAUUCAUCUUCAAUCUGUCGCUUGCAACAGGCGUAUAUAUAGAUGAAUGGAAGCGUGCUCGUGUUACGCCAAUAUUUAAAUCCGGGGAUAAAAGACAAUGUGAGAACUAUCGGCCUAUUUCAAUUUUACCGGUGGUGAGUAAAGCCUUUGAGAAGGAAGUUUUCCGUCAAGUAUAUAGAUACUUGUCUGAAAGCUCUCUUCUGUCAAAGUUUCAAUCUGGAUUUCGUCCAAAGCAUUCAACUGUAACUGCCCUCAUCCAAAUGUGUGAUGAGUGGCUAGAAAAUAUGGACAAUGGAAAGUUAAAUGGGGUUGUGUUCAUAGAUAUAAAAAAGGCAUUUGACUCUAUAAACCAUCGCAUUUUGUUAAAUAAAAUGAAUGAGCAAUUUGGAAUUUUUGGCGUAGAAUUAAAAUGGUUUGAGUCAUAUUUAACAAAUAGAGAACAGCAAUGUGUGUUAAUGGAGAAUUAUCUAGUAAUAAAAUUAUCACCUGUGGAGUGCCCCAGGGAUCUAUACUGGGACCACUGCUGUUCCUAUUAUAUAUUAAUGAUUUGCCCGAUUGUUUGA